AAACAAUAUUAGUGUUUUUCUCGAAUUCGCUCACAGUGCAGGAAGAAUCGCCUAGUAGCGGAUAUCCCGAGUAUAUUAUUUAAAGCCAAGUUUUCUACGACUUCCUCUGCAGAGACGUGAUCGACUCGCUUUCCUUCCAGGAGGAGUGGGGCUAGUUAUGCCCACACAUUAUUGGAGAAUGGGGAAUUUGUUCGAGGAAGAGGAUGAGAUAUGGGAGCAGCUGAGGUGCGAGGCGAAGGAGGAGGCAGAGGCAGAGCCAGCCCUGGCAAGUUACCUGUAUGCCACAAUCCUGGUUCACAAGACAAUGGAGAGGGCUCUGGCUUUCCAUCUGGCCAAUAAGCUGUCCAGUUCCACGCUGUCUAGCACGCUGCUCUACAAUUUGGUGGUGGAUGUGUUUACAGAAAACCCUGACAUACGUCAGGCUAUUCGAACCGACAUGCUCGCCGUGAAGGACAGAGACCCGGCCUGUGUUUCCUAUUCGCAUUGUAUGCUCAACUUUAAGGGAUUCCUGGCCUGUCAGGCGCACCGUGUGGCGCAUCGCCUCUGGUCCCAAGGUCGAUUCGCGCUUGCCCUUGCUAUCCAGAGCAGAAUUUCUGAAGUGUUCGCCAUGGAUAUGCAUCCUGCUGCAAGAAUUGGGCAAGGCGUGCUCUUUGACCAUGCCACGGGGCUUGUUAUUGGUGAGACCACUGUUAUUGGCGAUAAUGUCUCCAUUUUGCACCAUGUUACCCUCGGCGGCACGGGCAAGCAGGGCGGCGACAGGCAUCCGAAAAUUGGAAAUGGGGUUUUGAUAGGAGCCGGGGCUACCAUUCUUGGCAAUGUUAAAAUUGGCGAAGGGGCUAAGAUUGGAGCCGGGGCUGUCGUACUCAUCGAUGUGCCGCCCAAGACUACUGCUGUUGGAAACCCUGCCAGAUUAGUUGGGGGAAAGCGUAAUCCUACCAAAUUGACCGAGAACCCCAGUGAAACUAUGGACCAUACUUCUUUCAUUUCUGAAUGGUCAGAUUAUGUUAUUUGAGAUUAUUUGAAUUGGGUUUUUUCUUUCAAGUAACUGGACAAUGUUAGGUGUAAGUUCAUUCCAGCGAGCUUGGAGUGCAUGCCCACCGUCACAUACUGCAGUUAUUUGAGCCUCUUACGGGAGUUUCUUUUCUUUUGGGCCCUUCUACAGAGUCUCCGGACUGUUUCAGGGUCUAUUAAAAGUGAGUUGCUUUUGAUGUUGGCCACGGAUUGUAUCAGUAGGUUUACAAAUUUACUGUGACGGUUAGUUAACUAUUUGAAGUUAUACUUUGAAACAUAUCUACAUAUACUUUUAAAUGAAUGCCUAUCCUCUUCAAAAUUUUGGUUGCAAUUUAUGGCAAAAAAAUCUCUCAAUUCGCCAUGCCUCCAUUAAAUUAAGCCCUUUAUUGUAUCCACUAAUGGGGAUUCACUUUGAGGUAUAUUGAUCUUGUACAAACUAAUUACUUAAUUCAAUAAUCAUGGGCUAUAUUGAUUUUUA